UUCCAUUGUGUAGCCGGCACGAUGUAAAGAAUACAUUCAUUGUCAAUUUUGUGUAGCCGGUGUGUGGUUCGAGUUUAAUUAGUUGGGCGAAAAAUGUGAAUUAAAUUAAAAGCAAUAUAUUUUAGUUAACUUCGUAGAAUCUGCUCCAAGAUGAGUGACAUAUUAAAAAUUUCACAGGAGCGUUCACGCAAACGGAAACAGUUAUUGGCUCAAACAUUGGGACUCUCUAGCGUAGAUGAGCUGAAGAUUGUGCUUGGCACAGCCGAUGAACUGAAUAAUAGUGCUGGAAGUAGUUACUCUGGUUUUGGUGGACAGAGAACAGGUUCGGGCGGCAAUAGCAGAGAUGACGACGGCGGCAGCGGAGGCAAAAAAAUGCCCGGGGAAAUCAUAUAUCGCGACUCCUCUACAUUUCUAAAGGGUACACAAUCUUCGAAUCCACACAAUGAUUAUUGUCAACACUUCGUCGAUACUGGACAGCGUCCACAAAAUUUUAUAAGAGAUGUCGGUCUAGCCGACCGCUUUGAGGAGUAUCCAAAAUUACGUGAACUAAUACGCUUGAAAGACAAAUUAAUACAGGAUACCGCAUCAGCACCAAUGUAUUUGAAGGCAGACUUGAAAACGCUGGAUUUAAAAUCAUUAGGCUCUAAGUUCGACGUUAUUUUAAUUGAGCCACCGCUGGAAGAGUAUGCUAGAGCAGCACCAUCAGUGGCAACUGUGGGUGGAGCAUCGCGUGUUUUCUGGAACUGGGAAGAAAUUUUAAAUUUAGAUGUGGGCGAAGUGGCCGCGCAUCGUUCAUUUGUCUUCCUUUGGUGUGGAUCCUCCGAAGGUUUAGAUAUGGGACGCAAUUGCUUGAAGAAAUGGGGCUUCCGACGAUGUGAAGACAUUUGUUGGAUACGCACCAAUAUCAAUAAGCCCGGGCAUUCAAAGCAACUGGAACCGAAAGCAGUGUUUCAACGUACGAAAGAACAUUGCUUGAUGGGCAUAAAAGGUACAGUGCGCCGCUCUACUGAUGGGGAUUUUAUACACGCCAAUGUUGACAUCGAUUUAAUUAUCUCGGAGGAGGACGAAUUCGGCAGCUUUGAGAAGCCGAUUGAAAUAUUUCAUAUAAUUGAACAUUUCUGCUUGGGACGCAGACGCAUGCAUCUAUUCGGACGUGACUCCAGUAUACGACCAGGUUGGCUGACCGUUGGGCCGGAACUGACAAACUCCAAUUUCAAUGCCGAACUAUAUCAAACAUAUUUUGCUGAAGCACCGGCUACGGGCUGUACUAGCCGCAUCGAAUCACUACGUCCGAAAAGUCCACCAGCUAACAGCAAAGCAUUACGUGGUCGUGGGCGCGGUUUUCCGCGUGGUCGUGGUCGGCCUAGGUAAAUUCUUAAUUAUAGUAAUCGUUGGAAUAUGAGUAAUGCACUCCUAUUUGCGAUUAACUAAAGUUUUAAUUUUUUAACUACUAAAACGCACUGUUAAAGAUCUAACGCAAGUCUCUUGUCAUACAUCUUAUCUAUAAGUCAACAGUAUAUGAAAGAAAAUUGGGAAACCAAUUCCCAUAUGCAAAUUUUUUUUAACUAAAUUAUGUCUUGAAUUUUGAAGACAAUUAUGUAUGUACAUAUAUAUGUAUUUAACAACAUGGAAUUAAAAACAUUGCAGGCUAAAUUACAGUAACGAAA